AUGAUGGGCUCGUUCAUCGGGGACGGCCUCGUCGGACUUGGCGGCGGCGAUCUCUCCCUCGUCAAUCAGUUAGGCGCAGACACAUCGCUCGGCCGGAGGUUCUCCUACUGCCUCGUGCCCUACUCCAUCAACGCCUCCUCCGUGGUCAACUUCGGCCCCCGCGCCACCGUGACGGAACCGGGCGCGGCGACGACGCCGCUGAUCCCAUCUGAAGUGAAGGCCUACUACACCGUCGAUCUCCAGUCCGUCAAGAUCGGGAACAAGACGCUCGCGGCGCCGCAGCAGUCCCCCGUCAUCGUCGACUCCGGCACGACGCUGACGUACCUCGCGAACGAGCUUGUGGACCCAUUGGUGGAAGAGCUGACCCGGAGGGUCAAGCUCCCGCCGGCGAAGUCGCCGGAAGAUCUCCUGCCACUGUGCUUCGACGUGAGCGGGGUACGGAAGGGGCAGGUGGCGGCGAUGAUCCCUGACGUGACGCUGGGGCUGGGCGGCGGCGCGACGGUCACGCUGAAGGCGGAGAACACGUUCGUGGAGUUGCAGGAGGGGACUCUGUGCUUGGCGGUGGCGGCGCCGUCUGACCAGUUUCAUCCUGUGUCCAUCAUCGGGAAUAUUGCGCAGCAGAACAUGCACGUCGGCUAUGACCUCGACAAGGGCACCGUGACCUUCGCCACAGCAGACUGCGCCAAGUCCUCCGGCUCUCUGUAUAUCUGA